AUGGACCCCGAUUCAUAUCAAGCCGGUCAGGCUGGUCCUGACAGUCCCUACCGUUUUGGCGUCACGCCGGCCAAGUACGUCCAGCAUCUGGCUCCUGUUGGCCGCUUUGGUGGUGCUAUUCGACCGGCUGGUUCCCCGUUGAAUCCAGCUACCUCUCCUUACGACAGUCCCUAUACUGCUACCACUGGACAGGCUGCUUCCCGGUUGGUUGGAGCAGAUACUCGUCCUGCUACCCCUUCUCCCGCCAACAAUGGACCGGCUACUGGCCCGUCGAUUGGCGCCAUUGCUCGUCCUGUUACUCCUACCACGACCGCUGGACCGGCUGCUAGCCCGUCUAAUGAUGCCAUUGCUCGUCCUAUUACUCCUCUCACGACCGCUGGAUCGGCUGCUAGCCCAAAUAUUGGAUCAAAGACUCGUCUUGUUACCCCUGCUCUCUCCGCUGGAAACAACAGCGUCCCCUCUUCUCCGGCUCAGUCUCCGGCUCGUUCCCCAUCUCCAGACGCCAUACAGCUCAUCUCGUCCCUCGCAAACUACGAAUCCCUCUCGGAUGAUGCCCUCUACGAUGCGGCAUUGAAUGCUCAGCAAGCCAUGGUGAAAUGGCAAGAGGAGUACAUGGCCCUCAAGACCGAAAUCACUCGCAUGCGCAGAUCCCCUCACAACAGGAAAGAGAAGCGCAAAGCCAACCCACGCAAAGUCGAAGAUCCCAACGAAUACGACUCUCUAGGGCAGCCUACCCCCAACAUCACCCAAACGACGGGUAACAACCCCCAAAACACAACCAGACCACGUGCCACCAACCCCAUCAAUAAGCCACCUUUCAAUGGCCGCAGACCCCGCAACGAGCUCCAUAUCGACAUGAACGAGCCCAUGCAGCCCGUCGAAGGCAAGCGUAUCCGCAAGCCACGCGUCAUUGACGACAUCGACGCAGCGGUAACCGCCCCCAAAAAGUCCACCAAACGCGCCCGAGAGCCCGAUACCAAUGACGCCAAUGCACCGGCAGUAGACCAGCCAGCUACCAAAAAUCAGGACACGCGCGCCCGCUCAUUCACGCCACCGGACUGGGUCCGUACCGCCCGCACCAUCAAACCGGAGGCCAAAGAAGCUUCCGCAGCCCCUCAGAUCGAACCAAAGAAGCGGGAACGACCCGCCAAAGUUGCUCCAAAGCCACUCAUCAAGACGGAGCCGAAGGAGGAGACGGAGGGCAAGGACCCCGUGAGAGCGGCGGCCGCGAGACUGAUGUGGGCGAAGCGCCAGGCCAACGGGACGAAUGGGCGCCACGGAGGUGCGCCGAAGGGGAGUACGGUGGCCAAGGCGAAGGGGAAGGAGGAAGGCGGAGAGGGGGGGAAGUAG